AUGCUCAAAUGCACAAUUGAAAAUGAUCAAAUUCAAACUUUACGGAAUGGAGAAACAUUUGUGUCGUACCAAGUCCGCACUCACAGCGACUUGUCAGUAUUUGAAGAGAAAGAAUUCUUCGUCCGGCGAAGAUACAGUGAUUUUGAGAUGCUCCAUAACAUUUUGAGCAGAGAUUACAGUGGAUAUGCAAUCCCUCCGGUCCCAAGGAAGCAUACAGUCACCUCGUUUUCAGGUGGAUCUCUUUCACCGAUAUUCGUGGCCCGGCGAAUGCAUUCUUUGCAAACAUUCCUAAACCGAUGCAUUGCUCACCCUGUGAUUAGCAAUUCUAUGCACAUGUAUCAAUUCCUUGAAAAUGAAUCCUGGAAAUUUUACUACCACAAUGCCUGGAUGCAAGCGGAAAACGCAAACAUCAAACCUCCACAAGGAAUAAAAAGUGAGAGGAACAUUGAAAAGUCUUCUAUUCUCACUGAUCCUUAUCCCAUUGUUGUUCAAGAAAAUGCGAAACGGAUAUUACAAAAUUGUGAGACAGAUCUACAAAAACUGGCCAAGGCUUGUAGUCAGCACAUGAGCAGUUUACAGACUUUUCCAUCUGAUGUAACAAUUUCCAAACCUUUGCAUGCUUUUUAUGCAGAUGAAAUUUCCUCGAUCUUUAGAACCUUGAAGAAAACUAAUGCUCACCUGCUGAAUGCGUUUCAAGCGAAUAUACUGACUUCAAUCCAGGAUUUGGAAGAUUAUCUACUCAUUUUUAAAUCUUUAGUGAAACAACGAGAGCAAAAACAAAAAACGUUUGAAACAAUUCAGCUUGAAUGCUCUCAAAUUUCCGCCAUAGAAGCUUCCAUUGCCAAUGAGCAGCCAACCCCCAGUGUUAGUAACAACUUGCAAAACUCCCGAAAAAGGACAACAUUAUCCUCCCAAAAUAAAUCUACCAGCUUGUUCACUGUCCCCAGGUUUCUUCGGAAAAAGAGGUCAACAUCUACGGAACUGGCAAAUCCCAUAGAGGCUCUCAAAUUAUGUUACCAAGAUCUUCAACAAUUUGAUGAAAAACUAGAUGGUGAAAUGCAAUUUCUUCGUGAAAGACUGGACGUCGAAACUCGACGGACAUUACAACUUAUUUGCGACAACCAUGUAAACCACUUUACUGACAUUCUUGAAAGUUUAAAUACUUAG